AUACCAUUAUUACAGAUAUCAAUAUUAUGCAUAACUGGAAAAAAUAUCGAAAGAAAACAGUAUUUUCUUUCGAUACAGCAGUCUGUUAACAUUUCAAUUACGAAAAGAUAUGUCUCAUAUUUCUUAUCUUACAUAUAUCUUCUAGACAAUAAACUGCAAUAAAUGAGUCUAUCGGUACAUAGAGGACAAUCUAGUAACACAAUAGUGAAGCCAUUGAAUAGGAUGGAUCUACAUUCUUCGCAAUUAGUAAUGAUAUUCCGGUUGUGUUGUCUUGACAUAUUGUAGUAAGGUUAUGGAGAUAUGGCAGACCGAUAGAACACGGAGAUAAUUAAAAGAAGUUAGAAUGGUGGCUAUCUCUUUCACAGAUUGGCUGUUUCUACUGAUGACUGCUUGUAUAGUGAGCUGUAAGAAGAAACCGGCCUACACGUACGUUGGCGAUCACGCUUUCACCUUAGCUGAUGAAAACUUCUGCCCCGGUACCCAUGACUCCAUCAUCGAUGACACAGAGGUAGAAUGGGACUUCGAAGACAGAGCCAACGUGACAAGGCCAACAGGUUUAGUUUUAGCUAACUCAACUAUUCAAGGGGCAGGAUUAGGUAUCUUUACGACAUAUACAAUUCCUGCUGGGGUCUGGUUUGGCCCAUAUGAGGGUGAGGUCAUUUACGACGAAUAUCAACUACACUACAACGCGGACUAUGCAUUCCAGUUAAAGAAGAAUGACUAUAUCUACAUGUACAGAGAUGCAUGGAACCCUAAUACCUCUAAUUGGUUGAGGUACGUCAACUGUGCUACUGAUAUGAUGGAGCAAAACUUAGAAUUCCUGCAGUGUAAAGAUGAGAUAUACUUCAGAAGUAUAAAGACUAUACUAGCUGGCCAAGAGCUGAUGCUCUUUUACGGGUUUGGCUACUUAUACAAACUGAAAAUUGACAUGAACUCCUAUUGUAAAUGGUAUAAUGGAACAUUCUACCAGGCAAUAGACUCGGAUUUUAUAUGCACAGAUGAAGACUUUCGCGUAGCAUAUGAGUAAGAGGAGGGAAAACCCCAUG